UUUGGAUAAGCGUUAUUAAAAUACAGGAAGGUAAAGUCAACAUUGCGUUUCUGGAUAUCGGUUUGUAGUUGAAUAAAGGCGAGCAGCAGCUGGACCGCGUUGACAGAUUCGUUCUGUCUUGUCUGUGGAAAUAACUUGUUGUUUUGAAAAGACUGGAGGACACAGCAAUCGCCCAAAGGCCCCUCUCCAACGACGUUAGAAGCGCGUCAAAACUUAUCAGUCUUACUGGUGUUUGUUUGUUUUUUUCCCGCUGUUUUGGAUCUUCACGGGGGAUAUCGUUCUAAGGCACCAAGGAGACACAUUUUCACGGCAAAAGCACCUCCCUUAUGGACGACUGUAGUCCGUUCUCUCCCAAAGCAAAUGCUUUCAGUAUUGCCUCUUUGAUUUCAGCGGCGGAGGAAGCAAGAAACGCAGCGUUUGAGGAGCCUAGCAGUGGCCUGAAGCAGCAUUCCCAGCACCAGUGCAGCUACCGCUCUUCUAGAAUGCAUUACAGUACCGUCACCAGGGAAAUGGAAGCCUUCACAACGAACAGCUUGAGCAGCCUGAAUGCGCCUGGGAGUUACCACCUCUCGCCUUCCCCGGGAGACCCCUACAGCCAGCAUGAGCCGCACUACGAGCCCUGCUCUGCCGCACAACACAGCUACAGCUACUCGGGCUCCAAUCCGGCUCCGCAGCCCGACACCGGGACCUCCAACUGCGCUUCCUCGACCUCCAACUCGACCCCGAACAGCAAACCACCGGCGAAGAAGAACCCCAAAGUGGCGAACAUUAACGUGCAGCUUGAGAUGAAGGCUCUCUGGGAUGAGUUUAACCAACUGGGGACUGAGAUGAUUGUCACUAAAGCGGGAAGGUAAGGCAGACACGUUUUG